CCAUUGUGAAAGGCCUCAAAAAGGGAGAUGAGAGUCUGGAAAAUAUCAUGAGUGAUUUGGGGGGUGGACCACAAGCAUGUCCACCUCUGUCGUUUUGCUGAGGCAAGCUUAAAUUGUCUAAGAUGCUGUACUGGAAAGCUGAUUACAGAGGGGUAAUACCGCGGGCUGCUGACCAACUGUAUUUGAACAAGGUGGGGUUGUUGAUGUGUGUACUCUAAAUUGUAUAAGACAUUGUGAAGCUUUUUUGCUGUGCUGUACCUGAUAUGUAAAUCACAAUAAAGGUCACCUGAAUCUGCCCCGCGACUCGGACUCUCAUUAAAAAUAUGAGAUCUCACAGUGUGUAAUGAGUGCAUGAAGGAUGGGGGAGCGUGUUUAGAGCAUUUGGGAGUGGAUGUGGGAUUGGGAUUGUGUGAGGGGUGUGUGAGGGGUGGAGGUGUGGUGGGAGGUGAGGUAAGGGCAGUGUCUGAGUGGUGGGGGCUGGUUGUAUCUAUCUCACCUGAAACAGUCAAUGAAGAGUUGAAAGCUGAUAAAACUUCUGCCGAAAUCCUGGCACUUUGUCCGGCUGCCUCCAAGGCUGCAGCUCAACACCACUGCCUCGAGAGUAAUUAGGUUUGGGCAAUAAAUACUGGUUUAACCCGUGAUCGCACUUCCUUCAAAUAAAUUAGAAAUACACCGAGGGAGAAAGUGCAAUAAAUGACAUCACUGAAGGAAAUGAAUCAUCUGUCAGCUGUGGGUGGAUAAAAAGCUCAGUUUGUACAGAAGCAGGAGAAUACACAAUCUAUGUUUGCAAGGCGGAGGGUGGACAUAGUCACCAGAGUGAUUCUCACUAAAUCUCUUAUCCUACAAGAAAUGGAAAAGUGGCAGAAACUGAGACCAGUUGAGUUCAAGAAUGGCAUCUUGUGGCUUGAAGAAUCUCCAAGAGAUUUCGAGGAAGACUGUCUCGAAUUUUCACACAAGGACAGCGUGUUUGUGAAGGAUUUUCAUCAGAAACUAUUGGUAUUCACAGGAAAAGAAAGUUGCGGAGAAGCAAAAUUUCGUGAUCUGAAUAAGAUCGAAAAGGCUGAUGCAAUGAGGCCUGACAACUUAGUGAAUGGCAUCAAGUUUGACGUAAUUUACCACGAGUUAACAAACUGCAAAACAUGUGGAUUCAAGGAUUCAUUUCCAGUCUCCUUUGUAGUUCAUUACAACUCAAAGACAUAUCAAAUGUCAUGCAGCGAGUCCAAAUGUAUUGAAUUUCUAGAGCAGAAUACCACAGAAGAAGAAAUAGUGGAUAGGAGCAAACGCAACAUCAUAUUCUACAGGAAGGCUCUCGAGGGACAAUUUUCAAUGUUUGAAUCGGAGUUGGCACGUGGUUACUGGUUGUGUGCAGAACAUGAAAAGGGACUUUAUAAAUUAGCAUUGAAGGAGGUGAAAGUAGACGUUGACGAAGGAACCCUGCUGAGGUUGUCACUGUGUAAAUAGAAUACCGGGAAGAACCCAACUAGAACCCUAAAAUUAAGGUGACGCCUCCCCCACCCUCUAAAAAGGUGCAACGUUGAGAAUGACUCUAAGCUGACAUUUUACAUUAGUGACCUGUACAUUUUAAUCCACAUUGCAGUUAUUUUAGGCAUUGCAUCACCAUUUUCCCCCCAAAUUGAUAAUUAUCAGUGGUUUGUAAAAAGAAAUGUACAUAGUUGCCUCAGGGAAAAUGUAGUCAAGCAAAUGUUUUGAUUUACUAAGGGGUUAAUCUGUAACUUUACUAGGGUAGGGAUAUUUUUAGAAGUAGUUGCUUUAGCAGAGAAGGAACAAGUUAACAUUUGUUUGGAUAAUCAGAUCUGAUGAAGAUCGAAAGUUGUGCAGUUAUUCUUACAUAUGGAACAGAGGUAAAUACCUGUAAAGUUGCUUAACUAUAUUUAGUGUAUUUUACCAUCCUUUUGUCAUUGUGGAAACACUUGCAGGUAGGUUUACCUGCUACAGAACUACUUUUUAAAAACAAAUCUAUGAUGCCUGUCACUUAUACUUGUUCAAAUUUGUUCAAAUGCAAUUUAAAUAGAUUCAAACUGAGGUCUACUCAGUGAGGCUGGACCCUUUACCUUUGGUAACCUUGUGUGGGGCAAUAAACCCCACCCAGCAUGGCUUUUCUGUAUCAAUCCUCCAACAUAGUAAGUGUCCUCAUCAUUGAUAUUCAUUUAUAACAGAUUCAUUUAUAACAAUGACGGUUGGAGGAAGAACGCCUCAUCUUCCGGCUAGGAACCCUCCAACCACAAGGGAUGAACUCGGAUUUCAC